AUGAAGUACGUUCUGGUUUCGGGAGGUGUCAUCAGCGGCAUCGGAAAGGGCGUUAUCGCCUCGAGUACGGGUCUGCUGCUCAAGACCAUGGGUGCCCGCGUCACCUCUAUCAAGAUCGAUCCCUACAUGAAUGUCGAUGCAGGCACUAUGGCCCCCACCGAGCACGGAGAGGUUUUCGUGCUCAACGAUGGUGGAGAGGCUGAUCUUGAUCUGGGUAACUAUGAACGUUACCUAGGUGUCACCCUCGGAAGGGAUAACAACAUCACCACCGGCAAGGUCUAUAAGCACGUGAUUGAGAAGGAGCGUCGGGGAGACUACCUGGGCCGUACCGUCCAAAUUGUUCCUCACCUGACCGAUGCUAUCCAGGACUGGAUCGAGCGUGUCGCUAGGACUCCUGCGGACGGCACCAACGAGCAGCCAGACGUCUGUGUCAUCGAGCUGGGCGGUACCCUCGGUGACAUUGAGAGUGCUCCCUUCGUUGAGGCUCUUCGUCAGCUGCGUCGUCGCGCUGGCAAGGAUAACUUCCUCCAGAUUCACGUCAGUCUUGUUCCUGUCAUUGGCAGUGAGCUCAAGACCAAGCCUACCCAACAGGCUAUUCGUGACGCGCGCUCUGCCGGUCUGAGCCCUGAUCUCAUUGCUUGUCGUUGCGAGAAGCCUCUGGAUCGCGCCACCAUCGAAAAGAUUGCCAUGUUCUGUCAGGUUGAAUCCUCGGAGCAUGUCAUUGGCGUUCACAACGUCAGCUCCACUUACCAUGUGCCUCUCCUCCUAGAACAACAGGGCUACCUGCGCGUUCUUGGCGAUAUCCUCAAGCUUCAGCAAACUGUGAAGAUCCCACAGGAGCUAUAUGUUCAGGGUCAGGCCACUUGGAAGAAGUGGAAGGUUCUUACUACUGCGCAGGAGCACACAUUUGACACUGUCAACAUUGCCCUGGUUGGCAAAUAUGUCAGCCUUCAUGAUGCCUAUCUUUCCGUCAUCAAGUCCCUAGAGCAUGCGUCCAUGGCGGCUCGCAGAAAGCUCAACAUCAUCUGGGUUGAUGCUUCACACCUGGAGCACACUUCCCGGGAUAUUCACCCCCAAGAGUACCACAAGGCUUGGCACGACGUUGCCACUGCCGACGGUAUCCUAGUUCCUGGUGGCUUUGGUACUCGCGGUACCGAGGGAAUGAUCCUCGCCGCUGAGUGGGCGCGUACUAAGAAGGUCCCCUAUCUGGGAAUCUGCCUUGGUAUGCAAAUUGCGGUCAUCGAGUACGCUCGUCAUGUCUGCCAGUUUGAGGGAGCCAACUCGAUUGAGUUGGAUGAAAACACCAGCCACCCCAUCGUUGUUUACAUGCCUGAGAUCGACAAGGUCAACCUGGGUGGUACCAUGCGUCUGGGCUCUCGCCCCACACUCUUCCAGGAGAAGUCUGAGUGGUCUAAGCUCCGUGCUCUCUACGGCAUUGACCGCACCUCGGUUGAUGAACGUCACCGUCACCGCUACGAGAUCAACCCCGAGUACAUCGACCGCCUUCAGUCUGGUGGCCUCCACUUCAUUGGCAAGGACGACCAGGGCGAACGUAUGGAGAUUGUCGAGCUGAAGGACCACCCUUGGUUCGUUGGUGUUCAGUUCCACCCCGAGUACCUGUCUCGUGUUCUGGCACCCAGCAAGCCCUUCCUAGGUUUCGUUUCCAGCGCUGCGGGCGUUUUCAACGAGGUCAUGCAGGCUUCCCAGGCCACCGAGGCGGAUAAGCUUACCAACGGCGUUGACAACAUUGUCAUCUAA